UCUCAUCUUUAUGCUUUCUGGUCUGUGUCACUGACAUUUGACGUUUCUUCAAAUCUUAAUUUGGAAUUUAGCGCCGCAAACGUGAAAAAUUUCAUUAAAACGUUUUUAAAAGUUUUCCCAAAUAUUUCUUUAUUUAAUUUUAUUCUUAAUUAAAACUUAAAAUUAAUAAUGAAUGACUUAUCGCCGAUCAACAACAAUAACCUCCUUGAAGAAGCCACUUCCAAAAUAGGACCAUACACUAAACCAACUAAUUUGAAACGCAAUCUUGAAAGCAAUCCGUUAAGCUCGCCUGCCAAACAGCCUAAAUAUGAAAAAUGUGAUAGUCUUCCAUCUGCGAAACCCCAUUCUAGUCCAAAGAAAAGAAUUGACAUUACAGUUACAGCCGAAGAACCCAAAAAUAAAUUCAUCUACGGAAACUAUAGUCGCUACUAUGGCUAUCGCAAUUCAAAAGAUUUCCACGAUGUCCGGUUAGAUGUAUUCGAAGCAAACAAAGAACUAUUCAAUGGAAAAGAAAUUCUAGACAUUGGCUGUAACAGUGGUUUAGUCACGAUGGAAGUAGCCAAGAAAUUGGAGAUUAAACACAUUACGGGAAUUGAUAUCGACAAGGGCCUUAUCAAUAAGACAAUAAAAUUCAUUUCAAAAUUAAAGAAAUCUUCGUCGGGGAACGUAAGGAAAAAUUUCCCGUUCAAUGUGAGUUUUAUUCAUGGAAACUACGUUCUUCGAGAUGAUAUACUUUUAGAAAUAGAAGAGCCACAAUUUGAUUUGAUACUUUGCCUUUCGGUGACAAAGUGGAUUCAUUUGAAUUUUGGUGACAACGCUUUGAAGCAGGCGUUUAGGAGAAUGUACGCUCAGCUGCGACAUGGAGGAAGAUUAAUUCUAGAGCCACAGCCAUGGGAUGGGUAUAAAAGAAGGAAAAAACUCACACCAGAGAUAUUUAAAAACUAUCGAGAGAUUAACUUUAAGCCACAAGACUUCACCGACUAUCUGCUGAGCAGUGAGGUUGGUUUUAAGUCUGUCACACUUUUAGCUGUACCUGAUCAUCGAACCGAGGGAUUCCGAAGACCUAUACAAUUGUUUUUAAAAUAGAAUUAAGGAAGUGGUAUUGUGAUUACAACUAAUACAAAUAUGUAAGACUAGUUAGUUGGAACUUGGAAGUCCGUAUUUCAGUAUGUUAUCAUGAGUUAUGUUUUUACAAAAUACUUCCAACGUAGUUAAUAAGUACUACUAAAACGUGCUCAUACAGGCUAGCAUGCAACUUGAGAAGGAACCAAAAUAGGACAUUGUUGACUUUUGUACCAAUAAAUACAGCCUUUUGAAAUUUAAA